GCGGAACUGCGCCGCCCUCCAGUGCAGCCAGUGCUCAGUGCAGCCCGCCCCGCCGUGUCCCCGCCACCAUGGCUGGGCUCGUGGUCAGUGGAACUCAAGUGUCUUACAUAGGCCAGGACUGCAGAGAAAUCCCAGAGCAGCUCGGCAGGGACUGCGGACAUUUUGCAAAGAGGCUUGAUCUGAGCUUCAACCUGUUGAGGUCACUGGAAGGACUGAGCGCAUUCAGGAGCCUGGAGGAACUCAUCUUAGACAACAAUCUACUCGGUGACGACCUCGUGUUGCCACGGUUACCCCGCUUGCACACCUUAACCCUCAACAAGAACCAAAUAUCUGAUUUGGAGUACCUCCUCGAUCACCUGGCCAAAGUGACACCAGCCCUGGAGUACCUCAGUCUGCUGGGAAACGUGGCAUGUCCCAAUGAGCUGGUCAGCCUGGAGAAGGAUGAGGAAGACUAUAAGAGAUACAGGUGCUUUGUUCUGCACAAGUUGCCCAAUUUGAAGUUUCUGGAUGCCCAGAAAGUCACCAGACAAGAACGGGAGGAGGCAUUGGUCAGAGGGGCCUUCAUGAAGGUGGUGAAGCCCAGGGAUUUCAGAGCCAGCCAACAUCAGCAACCCCAGCCAAGUGCAGCCGAUGAAGUCUUUGUGCUCCUCUGGGGUCAGAGCCUGGCCAUCCUGCCCUCCCCACCUCCACUUCUACCCUGCGCUGAGCAGAUCUCUAUUCAUCUUUCCCUCCUUUGCUUUGGGACUGGAAGCUGGGACACCACCAAUGGAAAGCUGAAGGAGCCGGCCAUGUACUGGGGUGUUGUCUUCUGUAUGUGCCCUGACUCCCUUUUUAGGUUCUGUGUCUCAGAACCCUGCACACAUAGAAGAAAGGACCACUGACUCAGAGCAGCUCGUGGGGUUGCCCAGGGGCACUUGGUCACGAAUUCCAGGGCUGGAAUUUUACCCUUAUAUCUGACAUGGGGCCUGGCCUCUCUCUUCUUCACUUUGCUGUUUUAGCCUUGGAGAGAGAGAUCAAUAUUUUCCCUGGGGAUGUCUUGGCAAACAUGAAACUUCCCAGGAGAGCCUGAGAGAGGAAGACAGGUGGGGAUGGACUGUUUUGUGGUAUGGAGAUGAGAGAGCUGGAAUGCCUUCUUGCCUUUGAGCAUGAUGGGGGAGAGUUCCUUAAAACCUGCCAUGAGCUGUCUGAGUCAUUAGCGACACCAGCAAUAGUGCUCUUCAGAGUUCCCAAUUAGCUUCCAAUCAAUUAUAGAAUUAGCACA